GCAGGAGCACCGCCACCUUCACCCCCCGGGCGAGUUUUUGCAGAGUUUUCUUCAGAGUUUUUACAGAAACUUCACUAACGAUGUCUGCUCGUGCACGCACGGCGGUGGCGCGCCUGUCCCGGGCCCGCGGGGGUCCGGGCCCGAACCCGGACCGGGUCUACUCAUGCUCGGCCGGAACCAAACCGGUGCGGAUCGGCUGCGCCUCCGGGUUCUGGGGCGACACCGCGGCCUCGGUGCCCCAGCUGGUCUACGGCGGGAAGCUGGACUUCCUGGUCUUCGACUACCUCAGUGAGAUCACCAUGUCUCUGCUCACCGCCGCCAAGAGCAAGGCGCCCAACAUGGGCUACGCUCCGGACUUCGUGCAGCUGGCUCUGGCUCCGUUCAUCAACGACAUCCACAAGAAAGGAAUCCGCGUGGUCAGCAACGCGGGCGGCGUGAACCCGCUGGCCUGCGCCGAGGCCAUACGGGAAGUGGUGAAGAAGGCUGGACUUGACCUGAAGGUCGCCGUGGUGACGGGAGACGACCUUGUCCCCCACAGGAGCAGCCUGUCGGAGGUAAAGAUGGCCGACGGUGAGGGGAAGCAGCCGCUGCCCAAGACGCUGCACAGCAUGAACGCUUAUCUGGGGGCUGAGCCGAUCCGCCGCUGCCUGGACGGCGGUGCUGACGUGGUGGUGACGGGACGCUGCGUUGACAGCGCCGUGGCCCUGGGGCCCCUCAUGCACUCCUUUGGUUGGACGAGACGUGACUACGACCUGCUGGCAGCUGGGAGUCUUGCAGGUCACCUGAUCGAAUGCGGCGCUCAGAGCACCGGAGGAAUCUUCACCGACUGGGACAAAGUUCCUGACUGGGACAACAUGGGCUUCCCCGUGGUGGAAUGUUCCGGCGACGGCUCCUUCGUCCUCUCCAAACCUCCCAAGACCGGCGGCCUCGUCUCCUUCGGCACGGUGGCGGAGCAGCUGGUGUACGAGAUCGGAGACCCGCGGCGUUACCUGCUGCCCGACGUCAUCUGCGACUUCAGCCAGGUGGAGAUCCAGGAAGUACCCGGUGUAGACGGUGGAGCCGUCAGAGUCACCGGGGCUAAAGGCCUUCCUCCGUCACACGACUACAAGGUGUGUGCCACCUACAUGGACGGGUUCAGGGCCACGGCCGUGUGUCCGGUCGGGGGGGCCCAGAGCGGUGGAGAAGGCCAGACGGACGGCGGAGAGCAUCAUCAGGAGGACGAGACGCAUGUUCGGGCAGCUGGGAUUGGACGACUUCAGCUCCGUCAACGUGCAGGUCCUCGGCGCGGAAGACACGUACGGAUCCAACGCCCGCAACAAGGACUCCAGGGAGGCCGUGAUCUGGAUGGCCGUCCAUCACAAGCAGAAGAAAGCUCUGGAGUUCUUCGCCAGGGAAAUCGCUCCUGCAGGAACCGGCAUGGCUCCGGGUCUCACCGGCAUCGUGGGCGGACGCCCCCGAGUGUCCCCCGUCCUCAAGCCCUUCUUCUUCCUGCACCCCAAGUCGGAGCUGAAGGUGGACAUUCACAUCGCUGGGGAGCUGGUCGACUCCUUCGCAGACGUGGGACCAGACACACCUGGAGAGGACGGAGCCGCUCACACUUCAGCCCAGGACGAAGCUGAACCAGACCUGCCCGGCGGGCCGCACAGCUACCGGCUGGAGGAGCUGGCCUACACCCGCAGCGGAGACAAGGGGGACUCCGCCAACAUCGGCGUGGUCGCCCGUCAUCCUCUCUUCUUCCCGUACCUGAAGAAACACCUGAC